CUGCGUCCCUGUCCCGCAUUCUUGGAACAAUUCCCAAGUACUUCAACAUGUAAAAUCUUGCUUGGGCUUGACUUUAUCCAGGAAGGCUUUUCUGUGUCAACACAAUGCGUCUUCACUCGGUUACCCGGUCUGUUCUCCAACAAGUCAAUUUCUCGAGAGGCGUUAGGUUGGCGGGAGGAUUUCCGGGACAUCGUGCCUUCCAUUCGUCAAGAAAGUGUCAAGUUGUUAAGCCGUUUCUGCUGGCAGAUAUCGGAGAAGGUGGGGUUUUUUGGUUGGAUUGUUCCUGAUUACUGGACAUGGUCUAACUCAGUCUGUAGGAAUCAGAGAUUGCGAAAUCAUACAAUGGUUUGUCGAACCGGAAGCGCGAGUGGAAGAAUGGGACAAGUUGUGUGAGGUCCAGAGCGAUAAGGCCUCCGUGGAAAUUACAAGCAGAUUCGGUGGUGUGAUCAAGAAGUUACAUUACGAGGCUGGGGAUAUGGCAAAAGUUGGAAAACCGCUGCUGGAUAUUGACAUUCAAAGUGAGGUCAAUGAGAAAGACCUGGCAGAGUUGACGGGGUCUCCUGUCAAAGAAGACGCAACGGAUAGUAAUCCGGUCCAUACAAACGAGGAACCCAAAUCCUCUUCAUCAAUACCCGCUUCAAACCAGAGUAAUACUGCGAGUAGUCGGGACUCUUCAUCACGAACAUCCACGCCAAGCGAGAAUGCUACUGCAACCAACUAUAAACCUAAAGGCAAACAUGCAUCAUUAGCCACGCCAGCAGUCAGACACCUUACAAAAGAGUUAAAGAUUGGCCUCGCAGAUAUUCAAGGCACAGGGAGAGAAGGAAGGGUCAUGAAAGAAGAUGUGCAUGCAUUUGCCAGGCAACGGGCGGCUAGCGGAUCCCCAGCCCAACAAACCCCUUCUUCGCUUGCAGUCAACAACACGAAUGCAGCUGCUGCCAGCGCAAAACAGAUCGAGAUGGCAGUCCCCUUGACAAACACGCAGUCUCAAAUGUUCAAGUCCAUGACCAAAGCCCUGUCCAAACCUCACUUCCUUUACGCCGAUGAGCUAGACUUCAACAAGCUCUCGGAACUACGCUCGAGGCUAAAUAAAAGCCUCACCAAGUCACCUGUAGAGGAAGUCAGCAAAUUGUCCUUCUUGCCGUUCAUUGUCAAGGCCAUGUCUUUGGCGCUGGACCGUUACCCCAUGCUGAAUGCAAGAGUCGACGCGGAAGCCGGAUCAGGGAAGCCGGUCAUGAUACACCGCAGUCAACACAACAUCGGCGUGGCUAUGGACACUCCAUCAGGACUAUUGGUUCCAGUCAUCAAGAACGUUGCCAGUCUCAACAUUAUUGGCAUCGCCGCGGAACUCAGCCGGCUGCAAAGCCUAGCUGCAUCUGGCAAGCUCUCAACCCAGGAUUUGACGGGUGGGACCAUCACGCUAUCGAAUAUAGGAAAUAUUGGAGGGACGUAUGUUUCUCCAGUCAUUGUCGAAAAGGAGGUUGCGAUCCUCGGAGUCGGGAAGAUGAGAACCAUCCCAGCAUUUGGCGAGGACGGCCAAGUUAUACCCAAGCAGGUGUGCAACUUCAGUUGGAGUGCGGACCACCGGGUUAUCGAUGGAGCGACGAUGGCACGAGCUGCUGAGGUGGUCAAGGGAUAUGUCGAAGACCCAGACAGUAUGAUCAUGCGUCUGAGAUAAUGCGGCCUGCUUGGGUUGCAAAAGAAACAACCUCUGGGAAUGCAGCGGAAGCACUUCCGGUCCAACGAUUUGCGUUGGAUGUGUGGGAGUACAAAAGCCCAAAGGGCCUGGUCUGAAAUCAUGGCAUCGCAUUGGCGAUGCUGGACGGCCACCAAUAACACUCUUGCCUGGCAUCAGCCUCACGAUGCUGUGCUACCAAGGCAGUUGUGCACUGGUUGACCCGCAGUAAGCAGACAUUGGGAACAACGGGCCUGUUCUUCCGCAAUGGGACUGGGGAUGCUGUUGGCGUUACAGCAUAUAUAUGUAGACAUAGAUCGCUUAGAGCAAAAGAGACGCGAGACACUUUAACCAAGCGGAAGAUUUCCUUG